AUGCCCAUCAUGCAGGAGCCGCAACAGCCAAGCCCGGGCAUUCUGACCACCGCUUACAACUUUCUCAUCCGUGGUACAAGAUUCUUUGCGAGUCUUUGUGCUCGCAGAUCGGAGAAGAAAAGACAAACCUACGACUGGGAAGAAAGACUUGCAUAUGUUGGUGAAGAGGUCGAGGUGGAAGAUGAUGGGCCCAGUAGCGACGAACAUGAUAUGCAGCUUGAGCGAAGCUGUGGAGUUGCGAGAGAAGCAGAAGUUUCCGGAACCACANACACUCUACGACACGAAGGCACACCGAGGUGCUGUAUAAAAGCUCUCCAUCUCAACUUCUCUUCUCCACACACCAUCAACCAAAUCUUAUCAAGUGUAACAAUGGCCGACGCGGAAGACAACAAAAACCACAACAAUGGCGCACCUGCUCCUGGCGAAUCAUCAGACCCAAUCUCUCCCAAAAUGGUCGCUCGUCUUCGUACUGUCAUCGCAAACAACCCUCGUCAAUCAACCUCUGUCCUUGUCACUGCUCUCAUGGCCGUUUGUCCUGCUCUGCUUACUGGACCCCUUCUCACUCUUCUGGGUUUCGGCGGUCUUGGUCCUGCUGCUGGAGGUCUUGCUGCUGGCUUCCAAAGCUGGUUCGGCACACCCUGGCUCUUCCGCGUCCUGCAGAGCGCUGCUAUGGGUGGAUGGGGCUCUGCUCUGAUCCAGGGUGUCGUUCGUGCAUUCUCAACUGGUGGCUUGGUUCUUGAGGUGGUUCAGAAGAUCCUGGGCCGCGGUGAAGAGGGAUCUGGCGAUGAUGGUGGAGAAAGCAAUGAGGAGUAG